GUGGGUUCGAAUCCCACCCAGGACAGCUAUUCUUUAUUCCUUGGAAAAAGAGAGUUGUCCUGGGUGUAGUUGAUUUGUUAUUUGUGCCUCUGCCUUCCUACCUCGUAGUUGACACAUGCACUAUAGCUAUGAUUAUUUUCUUUUCCCCAGCUGGGGAACAAACUGGGGAGUGAAUGGCUACAUCAUGAUGACCAGGAACAACUAUAAUCAGUGUGGAAUUGCCACCGAUGCCUCUUUCCCUACUCUGUAAUAAGUUUUUUUUCUGCGUCAUUCAUGUGUCAGAUUAUAAAUUUUUGUUAUUGUGAUAGAAUUGUAGUUUGUUGUUAUACUGUGCUCCCAGAAGGUUUAUACACACUUUCCGACAUCCAUAAUAUCUUGUAAUCAUUCUCGUUUGAAGGGUGAGGAAACUAAAUGUAACUGCUAAUAAUUUUCACGGUGCAUGAUCCAGUGAAAAGCAAAAGAAAGAGAAAGACAGUACAUGAGUUAGCUAUGCAUCAUAGAGCUGGGUAUGAUCGAAGGGAUCAGAACACAUAACAAAUCAGGACACCACCAAGACACAAAAAUUCUCUAUUACUUCUUCACCUUUUCUAGUUUCAACGACUUUGCUAUUAUCCAUAAACAAGUGUAGUGCUCUUGUAAAGUACUUUUCUCAGUGGGAAAAAACUACUGAUCCAAGUCGACAGGAAGCGCACCCUGCGAAACUCUAUAAGCGCGCCCACGUGGGGAGGUUAGGAAACGAUGAAGUACAAAGCUGUCCUGAAGAGUGCAGCUCACCAGUUGGGAUACAAGUUGGAGAUCUCUCGACCCCAGCUCGUGGGAGGCAGCCUCAGUCCGCCUCCCUCUCUCCAGUAUCCCGGCCGCUCCUGCUUCCUCGUGCAAGUUACCGCCGGCCCCGCCCUUUACUCGGGCUACGGUCCCACGCCCCGCACCGCAAAGACUGCGGCGGGGCAUCAGGCUCUGAUUGGGCUGCAGAAGGCACUGAGGGAGAAAAGGGAAGAGAAGUAUUCCGCGGAAACGCCUAGCACCGUCUCCGUACCCACAGCACCAUCUCCCCCAGUAUGUAUACAGCGUCAAUUGCGGAGUCCUCCUCCCCAUCCACUGCUGGUAAUGAUGCAGGAGGCGGCUUCAGCCACACCACCAGUCAACCAUUCAACCAACACUCUAACUAACAAACCAAGACACCUCUCAAAGGCCUCUGCUUCAGUAACUUCAGAUCUGCAACACAGAGUAGGGGAGACAGCAGGAGACACUGUUCCUACUGGACUGUGGGACAGUGCAGAGGGUUGUGAAGUGAUGGAUUCUGAUGAGGACUCAGAUGCAGUAGAGUUCAUGGAAGAGUGGGAAGAAGAGGAGGAGGAGGAGGAGAGAGGAGAGAGGGUAAAGGAGAGAGAAAAUAGGGGGGAACGAGACAUAGGUGUUGCUCUUCCUACAGAAGGGCCACCGUUUUUUACACUCUGAUCUGACCCAAAAAGAUCAAUUCCACGAAAAUUAAAUUUAAUACAGAAAUACUAGUUUUAUUGUCGAGUGCUUCAGUUCGUAGUAUUGUAAACUGUUGAGAUGUUCCGAUUUUUCGUGAAGGACCUUACAUAAUGUCA